AUGAGUGAGACAUUAUAUAUUUCACCAAAUGCGACUGGCCAAUGGGUGGGUGUGUGUAUUGCUGUAUUCAUGUAGGAUGCCUCAGUCCUCGCGUCCGCAACUUUAGCUACACCUCCUCGAAGGAGGCAGAGCGGGAGCUUGAGACGUGCAUCAAGGCAACGGGUGGCGCCAUCAUUCGCCAGCUGUCCCUUAAGGAGCUGAAGGAGCUCAAGGAGGUCGCCGGUCUCCCUCGCGUGCCGCCCAAUGCCGCACCAUCGGUGUACUUCGGCGAUAGAGGCAAAGACGUCAACAAUCCCAUCGGCGUCGAGCUCACAAGUAGGCGGCGAGAAAGGGGAACGGGCCAGUGCAUGCGGGUCAUACUGUGGUGCGUUGCAAUGGUUUGUAUGCAGAUCCCAGUGAGUGCACGCGUUGCUGGCGUGACGGCAGGUGCGGCAAGUGCGGCAAGGCCGACGGUGUGGGGCCUGGGCGAUGUGUUCCCUUUGCCGGCAGCGGCAAGACUUUGUUUGGGAGCAUGGCGCAGUACGAGCAGACUGUGGGAAAGAAGCUGCAGGAAAUGGAUGUAGAGGAGGGGCUGCCGAUGGCUAUCAAUUUCGUUGACUCCGAGUGGCAGAAGAUGACCAAACGCCUGCAGGAGAAGAUCAUCGCGGCAGAGCAGGAGCGGGGCUUUAGAAGGGCAGAUGUCCUCAAGCUGAGCCAGCAAUGUCUGCAGCUGUCGACCAGCGACCGACCGACAGUGUCUGAGGUGCGACAUCGGCUAGCAGGCAUUGAGGACCUUGUCACGCGACUGCCAGGACCGUGA